AUGGGAAUAACACGGAGAGGUUCACUGGACGCACUGAGUCCAACAUUGCGUUGUAACGUCGAGGUGAUCGCCUCUGGAAAGGGUCACCGUGCAACUGCCAUUGUCCCUCGGCCAGCUUCGCGGAGGGCACCUUCGUGUGACACGAUUGUUUCACCUGUCGCAUCGAAAGAGAAUGGCGGAAAAGUAUCAAAUUUUGAUCCACCUAGAGAAGAGGACGACCUCAUUCUGGCACCCGUCGAGGGGAGCAACCUUCCUAGACCAGCAAGAGUUCAUCGAAAAGGCCAUGUCAAGAAGAAUGCACCAGAGCGUUUCUAUGUCAACGCUCGAAUGAGAGAGCAGUCUUCUCCAGUAUCAGAUUACUCCAAUAGUCGCGAAGUCGAGGAAACUCCAAUGAGUCCCGUGGUGGAUCCUGGGGAUGAUGACUGGGUCACAAGUCCAACCGGAGUAUCUGGAAGACAUCGAUAUCCGUCCAUCUUCGAGGACUAUUACGGCGCAGGCUCUCCAAUACCCGAAAGCCCACUUCACACGAUUGAAUCACUCAGUCUGUCCGCCAAAAGACAAGGAGUAGAGCGACAGACUACAGUCGAUGAGCAGAAUCUAUGGGGAGAAUUCUGGACAGAUGCCAUGCGACGACGUGCCACUGAGAAAAAGUCGAACAAUGCACUCAAGCGAACGGACACGCUGGAAGUGUCUGCGCUUUUGAAGCAUCGACGCCAGUUGGUAAAGGAAGGAAGAGGACGAGAGGAUUCCAUUAUGGAAGAAGAAUUGUAA